CUUCACAAGUUAGCUACCUAUUCUUCUCACUUUCAGGAUUGAGUAUUUUAAGCUCUAAUGACCAGUUUUAUACAUUGUAAAAUGAAAUGAUUAUGUUUAAAAGACUCCUUUAGAAUGUUGCCUACUCAGUUCCCAUCAAGAAGAGACAAAAGUAAAAUGUCUUGCCACCAAAGUAUUAUUAAAAACCUCAUUUGUGGAGAUUCUCUAACUCCCUCGGGCUGUCUGUAUCUCCUUAUUAAUUUGGGCACGUUUCCUUCUCUCCCUCUUACUGCCCUGUGUCAUUUUUAAAAGCAACCACUUUAGGUAAGGGUUUCAUUCAAACCUCUAGCAAUAUGUUUGGCAUGGAUACAAUAAAGUUAGGACAGUGUAUAUCUGUUUUCAUUCCCAUCUGUUUUGUAUGAGUGCCUCGUUCUGUCAUGAGAGUAAAGUAGUACCGUAAUGGAAAUGUAAUGACUGUGUAAGGCCUAGGAAUGAUUGUCUUAGAGGGUAAAUAGAACAUGUAGUUAUUUGGGACAUCAAUUUUCUAUUAAAGCAAACACCUUAGAUACCCAGACCAAUUUUAUGUGUAUAUAUUCUAAAAUGCUCCCUUUUUUAUGUGGUGGUUUGUUGCCUUCUAAGUCAAGAGAACAAAAUUGAAUAAAGUGAAUGUUAGUUGUAGCCUAGUUUUUUUGUUUUUUUUUUUUUCAUUGUAAGAUUGCUUCAGAAUUACAGAAAUGUGCAUUAUUAAUCGGCAUAGAUAGAUGAUCUAGGUAUUUUUUAAUAUAGUUACAUAGAAAAAGAAGUUACAUGUGAUUAUAGUUCCUCUCUUCUGUUCUAAGUUCUAAAGUAGAGUUGCAGAGAACACAUCCCUUCCCCUUUGCCCCCUCACUGUACUAAUAGACCAGCAUCACUGGGAAUAGUGAAGGCCCUCUUCUCAAGCUGCAGGCAAGAUGCUACCCACUUCAGCACCUGGUUACAGGAUCCAUGUGCCAAAGCCUCACCAGGUUUUCUCUUUAAGUGGAUACUUGGAGUAAAACUAGUCAAGUCCAUUUUAUGUAGUUGACUGUAAGUCUCAGAGAAAAAGGAAGGAAUUGCAUGAAGCCCCAUGUGAACAGAUCCUUCUGUUUCUAGGUUCAAAACUUUAUUAAAAUUUCUUUUUAAUCAAGUGCAUUUUUAUUUUCAAUGCAGCAGUGGUAGGAGAAAUGCUCUUUGAACCACAGGGCAUCUGUAAUCUGUGAGGUUGAAGUUUCACAGCAAAGGAAAUUGCAUGGUGGAUCUCAGAAAGUAACCGGUAAUGCCCCUCAUACCCCGCGCUGUAGAGCCCCUCUUGUUGCCAACAGAACACUGAUGGCGUAAGUGGAUUAAGGUCUGAGGAGGUAACUCUUUCCCCUCCUCCUCCCACAGUGUUCUGGCUUUGGUGUCUAUUUUCCUUCCCACACUGUACUGAGCACUACAGUUGAAUCGCUGUAUGGUGUCUGCCUUCAAGGAGCCCCUUAGAGUGGAAAGGGCCAGAAAAACGAGCAGAAGGUUCUAGUCCAGGUAUGACUAGGUAUGACUAGCAUGACCAGGUAUGACUGAGGAAUGCAGAGCAGGGUCCCCCUGGGCACUCUGUAGUGCUCGGCCGUGCCCCAGGCCUGCUCCAGCCUCCUGCGGUGUGCCUCACUCAGCGACAACCAGGAGCCUGGGGAUAGCAAGUCCCCUUUACACUGCUUUAUACGGUUUAAUCUUUUUGAAAUCUCUCUUUUUACGUAUGAAAGCAAAGUGGUAUAACUACUUUGCGAAAUAGUUGGGCAGUUCUGAAAACAUUUACAAUAAGUACUUAGCAAUCCUAGUUAUUGACCAAGCAAAAAGUAAGUCCAUAUGAUGACUCAUACAUGAACAUUCCUAGUAGCUUUAUUUGUAAUAGCUCAAGGCUGGAAACAGGCUUGGAAAUCCACAGGCCUAUCAACAGGUAAAUAGAUAAGUGACCAUCCAUGCAAUGAGAUACCGCUCAGCAAUUUAAACAAUUAAUUUGAUAUACACAGCAUGGACAAGUCUCAAUGCUGAGUGAAAGCAGACCUACAGAUCGGUGGGGAGGGGCUUGGAGGGACUUCAGAGGGGCAUCAAGAAAUGGGAUGAUGUGUUUGUUAUCUUGAUGUGCUUCUGGUUUGACAUGUAUACAUAUGCUAAAACUUAAAUUGUACAUUUUACAUUUGUGCAAUUCAUUGCAUGUUAAUUACAUCUCAGUCUCAAAAAGUAAUAACCAGUGUUCAUAUAUGUUCUCUAAGGGGUCAUUUCAUACCUUUCUUCUCUCUCUUUUGGCUGAUGACUUUUCAUUUCUAUUUCACCGAGAAGACAGAAGCAAUCAGAACAAGUCUUCACAAAUUCACAUUGUCAAUUUACUGUCUUACCUGCACCUGCACCCAUAUGCUCCCCAGGCUGUGCAGGCUGCACACGUCCCCUCCAGCGUGCGUGCCCCGUAUGCACACUGCCCCCGGGCCCACGUGCAAUCCCUGGGUCCCCCCACCCUGCACGGGCUCACUAGAUCACAGUACUCACCUGCUCGAGGCACUGCUCUGCAGUUCUCCCUCUCCCUCAUAAGUGGUGGUGGGUCAUUCCCAUCAUUCAGAUGUUGUAUCAUCUCUUCCACAAGAAAAAUCUCCACCCCACUAACUCCUUCAACUGCUCCAUUUCACGUUCCUUUCCAGCAAAGCCCUUCAAACAGCUAUCUCUACUCACUCUUUCCAAUUUUUCCUCUCCUUUUCCAGCCCUGCUACAAUCAGAUGUUUGCUGCACUUUUCCACUGGAAUUGCUCCUGUGAAGGUCGCGAAUGGCCACCACUAAAUGAUGUGGUUCCUUCUCAGCUCUCACCUGAAAUGCACACCUUGAUUCUUCCCAGCCUCGUCCCGGCCUGCGGAGAGCGAUGCCGCUUCCCGAUACCAUGUUCUGCGCGCAGCAGAUCCGCAUUCCCCCGGAGCUGCCGGACAUCCUGAAGCAGUUCACCAAGGCUGCGAUCCGCACGCAGCCCGCCGACGUGCUGCAGUGGUCCGCGGGGUAUUUUUCAGCUUUGUCUAGAGGAGAUCCACUUCCUGUCAAGGACAGAAUCGAGAUACCCGUGGCCACUCAGAAAACAGACACAGGCCUGACUCAAGGACUCCUGAAAGUUUUGCACAAGCAGUGUGGCCACAAGCAGUAUGUGGAAUUAGCAGAUCUUGAGCAGAAAUGGAAAACUUUGUGCCUGCCAAUAGAGAACUUCAGAGCGUUGUUGCAAUUGGAUCCUUGCGAAGACAAAAUGGAGUGGAUAAAAUUUUUAGCGCUUGGAUGUAGCAUGCUUGGUGGGUCACUGAACAGUUCAAUGAAGCACCUGUGUGAGAUCCUCACCGUGGACCCCGAGGGCGGGCCUGCGCGCAUCCCGUUUGAGACGUUCUCCUACGUCUACCGUUACUUGUCCAAAAUGGACUCGGACAUCCCUGAAGUGGACACGGAAUCCUAUCUCGCCACUUUAAAGGACACUGUGAAACACCCACUGAGCACCUCCUGUAUGCUACACACUUUCUCAGUGGUGGAAACACCAUCUUAAAGGAGACAGACAAGGGUUCUGCUCCCCACGAAGGAAGACAAGAAAGGAAGCGGUUCCGCAUGAGACUCAAGAGCAUUUCGGAGCUGGCAUGUCCCGAGAAGGGGAUCCAACAGGUGAUGUGACAGAGAGGGUGAUGGGGAUGCUCGAGUUCUCCAGAAACCCAGUGAUUCUCAGAUUCCCCGGGCCCAGCAGUGUCAGCAUUGCCUAGAAAUACAUUCAAAAUGCAAAUUCCCAGGCCCACCUCAGACCUACAGGAUCAGGUCUGGGUUUAAACCCCCUCCGGAAGAUUCUGAUUCACUCUCGAAUCAUGAGCUACUGAGUAUAAGCCAUUCUUACAUGGCGGGGGGCCUAGUGAUGUUUUAAAGGCUUCAUUCACCUGGCUCCUGGGAGCUCUGGCCCACCUUCCGUCCUCCUGCCGUCACUGAUCCCCUGGGACACCCCCUCUGCACCCCUCCAGCAGGAGGGCCUCUCCAGUGCUCCCCAUGGGCCUCAGCUCCCACAUGUCUCCUGGAGAAGUCUUCCCCAGUGCCCCCUGUCUAAUGGGUCUCCUUCAAACACUGUCCGAGUCCCAUCUGUCCCCUGCGUGUCACCUGCCAUUCUCCCUCAUCCCAGCCCCCCCGCCUCGUUCAUGCCUCUUGCACACCUUAUUGGCCAUCUCCCCCAGGGUGAGCUGGUGAGGGGUCUGCCUGCCUGGUGCAUAGUGGUCUCCCACGUCAGGCAUGGUGGUCGGUCCCCAAAGUUGGCAAAGAAACAAACGGAUGAUGUUUCAUCCUUCCCGUGAUGCCCACAGCCGUCUGCUCACUGUUGGGGGCUCAGCUGCCCUGAGGCCCCGGAUGAGGGGCGUGCAUGCUGGUGAGUGGAGGGCAGAGCACCGACCCUGCUCUCUAAGGCCAGGAGACCCAAUCCAGCCCAUCACCUGUUUUUGUAAAUAAAGUUUUAUUGACACACAGACAUGCCCUCUCUAGCCUUGUCUGUGGUGGCUUUCAUGCAGUAGCUGUCGCAGAAAGGGUAUGGUUCUGGAAGCUGCAAAUAUUUGCCAUCUUCACAGAAGUUUCCUGUCCUCCUGCCCUUGGGCCUCAGCUCCUCUAGGGAAAGUGAAGGUAGGGAGGCAGGAGGGGGAAGGAACCCACUUCUUCCCUGCCCUAAGGUGGAUGGUACCCACAACACUCUGUUCACGUUCCAUGGGCCCCAUGCGUCCACAGGGCUGCUGGGAAACGUAGGGCCCGCUGGGAAGCACCUUCUCCGGGACAGUCCUGCCUCGAGGAUGGGGAAACACGAGUUUUGGAGUUAACCUUCUUCAUCACACUUGUGGUCCCUCCUCCGAGACUCAGCAAACCAUCUGUCAGUUCUGAGCCCUCAGAAGAGCCGCACCCCCUCCGAGCGAUCUGUAUGGGUUUCAAGCAACUCAGGCCCACCUCUGGCUUUAAAAACGAGGACUCAGAGCAGUGAAGGAGGUCGCAAGGCCCUUCAGGAGUGCAGGGACGAGCGUGUGGCAGGAGGGGACAAGCAGGCAGGCCCUGGGGAAUCCUGCUGUUCAUCCUGGGGUAAACUGACGCCAAGCUGAGCUUUCAACUAUACACUCUGAAAAACCCUGGCUGUCAAAAUGUUUUGUCUCCUAAUUCAGCAAUUCUGGGCUCCGCUUAGGGAGCAUGGGGAGUUUUUGUUUCACGGAUAUAGAAUUUGGGCUUGGGAUGAUGGAAAGUUCUGGAGAUGGAUAGUGGGCAUGUUUACACAAUAGUGUGAAUGGACCUAAUGCCACUGAAUAAACUGUAUACUUAAAAACGGUUAAAAUGAUAAAUUUUGUUAUGUGUAUUUGACCACCAUUAAGAAUAAACACAAAAGGAACAAAACAAAAACUACUGAAAGACAGACCUUUUCCAAUGCUUCUGUUAUUUGCCAUAAACAGUUCCUCCUAUCAAGGACUUUCUGGCAUAUUAAAGAGCUGCUCCAAAGGAAAAAAAAAAGGAGCUAG